AGUGGGAGGGGCGAGGUUCCAAGGCCCGCAAUCCUUUGGGCCAGGCGAAAAGUUGGCGGGAAAAAGAAGGAGGCGUCAUGGCGGAAGAGCGCCAUCCUGUGCAGCCGCCGCCGCCGGUGAAGGUCACGGCGGCGCAGUUGAGGCGGUGCCGCCGGGCCUCUGGCGGUGCGUGGCUGUUGGACCGGGAGGAGUACGGGCGUCCUGCGGUGGCGGUUCCCUUGGUGUGGAUGCAGGGCACCGUGUUAAAGGUAGAGCCGGGCGGCUCCACGGUGCGGCUGCGGGACCAAAGCGGCUCUUUUGUGGUUCAGGGGGCGGAAAACGUCCCCAAGGGGCGCCCUUGCCUCAGCGCCGGGAAGUACGUGAUGGUGAUGGGCUUGGUGCAGUCUUGCCAGCCGGAGCCUACCCUUCGUGCGGUGAAGAUGAUGGACCUUUCAGACAAUCCCGUGCACAGGAGCAUGUGGGAACUGGAAGUGGAGGAUUUACAUAGAAACGUUCUUCUGUGAGGCGGGCAGCGCGUGGGAGAUUUCCAAGCAAAUCAAGAAUCAAAGGGUUGCCUGAUGUUGCUACUGAAAAAAAAAAGCCUUGAACCUCCCAUUGGAUAAGUUGAGUUAGCCAACAAAACCUUCCUGAACUGAGAAGCUCAGGUUUUAAAAAGAUUGACUGAGUGGCUGCUUCCCAACUUGGAUUAAAUAGUCCCAAUUUAUACAAUGUUAAGAUUCACUAGUCAAAAACAAAAUUAGGUCCCUUUGUAGAUCUCAGUCCUUUUUUCAUCUUGGGCUUCUUUAUCUUUUAUUUCUUCCACUUGGACUGUUUUAAAGAACAUGACUAAUAUGCUGAAUUGUAGAUUUCAGUAUCAGUUGCCCUUUAGUCAAAAUUCUUCAGUGGAUUUAUGAGCUCUCCUGCUUUCGACUUCCAUUGUUGGACUUGUUUGUUUUUUGCAGAGAGAUUUCAAAUAACUGAAUUAACUUCUUUUGAUAAGAGAUGGGCCACACCAUUAGGAAGAUAAUUUUCUCAGCACAAUGUUUAACAUCUAUUUCUGGGCAGCUAAAAUAUGUGGUCCAAAGGUUACUUCAUGGAAAUAAUUUCAAUAUGAAACAAGCGCAAAUUAACAACCUGAACUUUAUUAUUUACUUGAGUAUUCAUGUUUAGUGUUGGUGGAAAAUGAAGUUGUCAGUAGCUCAUGUUCUAUGGAAUCUAAUACUUUAGGGUUCGUACAUUAUUAAGGAAGUGCCUGGUACUCACAGCAGGAACGCUGUGUGCUUUUCAUGGGAUACCUGUUGUUUCAGUGAAGUAAAAGAUUCUGGUUUUUUUGUCA